AAAUCAAAAAGUUAUGUAUUAUAUAUAUUCUCCCCUCCCCCGGUCACAUUUCUAUCAGAUAUUCAUCUUCAUACAGCAGCUUGUGCAUCUUUCUGUUUGUAUAUUUGUGUUUUAACCUUUGUGCACACUGUUAAAAUGCACAAUUAUUUAUUGAAGUUUAUUCUGCUGUGCAAAUAUCUGUUUCCUUGGUAAGCUCAACAAACAGAAGUUUCUAAGAGUCUUUUUAUAUUAGUGUGAAAUGAUGCAUGUGUAUGAAUACAUUUUAAGGCAUUAGAAUGAAUGGGGAUAUCCCAAGAUCAGCAUCUUCAGAGAUUUGCACCAGCAGACUUUAAAAUGCACUGAGCUCUGAGUAGUUGCUAAAGCACAAACACUUAAAGCGUUAUUAUACUCUAUGUUGCUAUCUAAAAUCCAGCAGCAGAACAUCUGGCUCAUAUGCCAGGGGUUAAGCAUUAGAGAAAUCCACAGAAAUCUUUGAGCUGUAAGAUUGUGUGUGUGGGGAGGGGUAAUUGUAUCUAUUAUAUACAGUAGAUACAUUGAGAAAGUAUUUGUAUUGCAUAUUAGUGUAUUUGUGCUCCCUCGUUGUGUGAAUGCAUCAUUUCUUUAAUUGAAUGUUCCGGGUUCAAAAUAAGUUGAACUCAAUCGACAGAAUUUGGGGCAUAAUGUUGAUUACCACAAAAAAUAAUUUCGACUUGUCUGUCCUUUUCUUGAAAAAAGUAAAAACCGAGGUUACAUGUGAGGCACUUACAAUGGAAGUGAAUGGGGCCACUUUUUGGAGGGUUUAAAGGCAAAAAUGUGAAGCUUAUAAUUUUAUUAAAGCACUUACAUUAAUUAUUUUAUUCAAACUCAUGUAUUAUUUGAGAUGUAAAGUUGUUUAAAUCGUCAUUUUUGCAGUCGUUUUGGGUUUGUUGACAUCGUCAUGGCAACAAAGUUGUAAAAUUGGCUAUAACUACACAGAAAAGGUUUGUAAGUGAUUUUAUCACACUAAAAUCAUGUCAACACGCAUAUUGUUUACGUAUUGUGGCUUUACUUGUGAAACAGUGAGUAUUUUAACGUUUACGAUUUGUCCCCAUUAGCUUCCAUUGUAAGUGCCUAAUUGUAACCCAAUUGUUUUUUUGUUUUGUUUUUUAUGAAAAGGAUAGGCAAGUCCAAAUUAUUUUUUGUGGUAAUCAAUAUUAUGCCACAGUUGCUGUUGCUUUAGUUUAACUCGUAUUAAAGCAAAUUAUUGAUCCAAAUUAUUGUUUCGUUAUCGACACAGAUACAUAACAAAAAUCAAUGCCGAACAGAUGUUCUCGUAGCGCUGCUCUGUCUGUGACGUCAGCGCGAUGAGAGGGGUUUGCCCCUCGCGCAUUAGGUGGGAACUACAGCCUCAGAUGAGAGCUGGUGCCGGCUGUCACUGCCGCCGCCCAAUAGACACCCGCGAUCCGGAGCGCGAGCAGGACGACCACCUCCCGAUCAAGAGGCCGGAGUGCGAGCCUGUCCCUGACCUCAAUUCGGUUCGGAUGCUUUAGCGACGGCUGAGUGAGAAAGAGAGGAGAGUGUGGGACAGCGACGGAUAUUUGGGAAACAGCUCUCGCGCGUCCCGACUCUCUGUCUUGCAAUGGGAUGCACGUUAAGCGCAGAAGAGCGCGCGGCUCUGGACCGGAGCAGAGCGAUCGAGAAAAACCUCAAAGAAGACGGAUUAAGCGCAGCCAGAGAAGUCAAAUUACUGCUGCUCGGCGGAGGGGAGUCGGGGAAGAGCACCAUUGUCAAACAGAUGAAGAUUAUCCAUGAAGAUGGGUUCUCUGGAGAUGAUGUAAAGCAGUUUAAACCUGUGGUCUAUAGCAACACUAUUCAGAGCCUUGCUACCAUCUUGCGAGCCAUGGAGACUCUUGGUAUAGACUACGCAGACAAGGACAGAGCUGCAGACGGUAAGUUGGUAUUUGAUGUGGUCACUCGUAUGGAGGACACUGAGUCAUUCUCAACAGAGCUGCUGGCUGCCAUGAUGCGUGUGUGGACUGAUGCUGGAACUCAAGUUUGCUUCAGCCGCUCAAGAGAGUACCAGCUCAACGACUCUGCCCAAUAUUACCUAGACAGUUUGCAGCGCAUUGGAUCUCCAGAUUACCUUCCCACUGAACAAGAUAUCCUCAGAACCCGAGUCAAAACUACUGGCAUUGUUGAAACAAAUUUUUGCUUCAAGAACCUCAACUUUAGGCUUUUUGAUGUGGGGGGACAGAGAUCAGAGAGAAAAAAAUGGAUUCACUGCUUUGAGGAUGUGACAGCCAUUAUCUUCUGUGUGGCGAUGAGUGGAUACGACCAAAUGCUCCACGAAGAUGAGACCACGAACCGUAUGCACGAGUCUCUUAUGCUUUUCGACUCUAUAUGUAAUAACAAGUUCUUUGUUGACACUUCAAUCAUCCUUUUCCUCAACAAGAAGGACCUUUUUGGAGUAAAGAUCACGAAAUCUCCACUGUCUAUCUGCUUCCCAGAAUAUACAGGCCCAAAUACAUUUGAUGCCGCAGCUGCAUAUAUCCAGGCUCAGUUUGAGAGUAAGAAUCGCUCUCCUAAUAAAGAGAUCUACUGUCAUCUAACCUGCGCUACCGACACAGGAAACAUCCAAGUGGUUUUUGAUGCUGUCACUGACAUCAUCAUCGCCAAUAACCUGCGUGGGUGUGGCCUCUACUGAGCUCCAAAUCCACUUGUUGCACCUCAAUAUGGUAACAAGUGACCGAACUGACACCCCUAUGACUUUGGCCAAGGCACUCCCUUAUUUCAUUUCACUGUCAAUUUUGUCUUUUGUUCAUAAUAUUUAUCCCUUGUUUUUCUUUUGUAGUUUGUCAACACAUUGCUGGAGCUAAUAAUGUACGGGUGUGCAUGUAUAGUGUAAAAUGUGUGUGGCCGGGCAUAGAUGCUUUAAGCAUGAGUGCAUGUGUGUGAGUGUUAGUCACAAUGAGUGAGAGUGUUUGUCAGGUGAUAACACACAAGUCCGCAUGGCAGAGACUUUGAAGUGCUGACACAAUCCUAAAAUAAAAUGAUCUGAAAAACCCAGAAGGAUCAGUGUCUCUUGCAGGCUUUUUUCAUCGAGUAAUAUGUGUGAAAUAUUAAAUGACUGAGAGUUAUUGUCAUUGGUUGACUAAUCAUUUGGCAGAGCUGAAUGUCAUUGCAGAAACUGAAUGUUGUCCAGGGGCAGCUCUAAAGCCAAAGUUGUUUGUGAACUGAGCAUCGCUCCUUAUUGGGUUUCUGCCCACUGGCUUCAGGCUGUGACAUAAAAUGCCUUUCAGCUAAUGAAGCCUCUUACAAAGUGUAAUGUUGACAACAUUCUCACUCUACAUGAGCACAAGUAGAUCAAAAUCUGUUCAUUUCUGUACAAAUGAUUCUGUAGUUUAUUUAUUUAUAUAAUUAUAAGCGCAUGUAUUUACAUAUUUUGUAUCGCUCCACACUUUGUGCAUCCUAUCAAUGUCGAGCUAUGAAUACAAACAAACUAGCUAACAGACUUUGGAUGGAGAACAGCAUUAAUAUCAAGAAAGUAAUUUGGAUUCAUACAUAACUGAAUUACUGAAUGAAUGAGCUGUCAUUUCUUUUUAUCUCACUCUCUUUAUCUGAUGAUGUAAUGUGUGAGAGUGUGUACAGAUGUGUGCAUGUGUGAUGCAUGCACACUUUCUAUUCAUCCAUGAUCUGUUAUUUAACCCAGAUUUAUUUUCCCAUCCCUCUCUUCUUUUUCUCCACUCUGGAUGGAUUUUUUGUUUGGUGCACUGAAUGUUCUCUUUACUCCCUUGGGGUAUACUGCACUGUACUGCUGGUUUUAAUUUUAUGAUGACCAAUGAAAUGUUUACAUUAAAAAAGAAAACACUUUA